UCUGCUGAUAGAGCUUUGAUGAAUUGUACCAAAGGCCAUGAUGUUCUGUGACUGUCUUUCUGCCAUAGUGCAUGUAUAUCUUCCUACACACGGUAAAAGGAACGCCGUUUGAGACUCCAGACCAAGGCAAGGCCCGGCUUCUGACCCACUGGGAACAGAUGGACUAUGGGGUCCAGUUCACCGCCUCUCGAAAGUUUCUCACCAUCACCCCUGUUAUACUGUAUUUCCUGACCAGUUUCUAUACAAAGUAUGACAGGGUCCUCUUCAUCAUCAACACCAUUUCCCUGCUCACUGUGCUUAUCCCCAAACUGCCUCAGUUCCACGGGGUCCGUCUCUUUGGAAUUAAUAAGUACUGACAAGGCUUUGAUCUUCAACACGAGGAUGUGUGGCCACUUACUCUGUGGGAAUAAAAAAGGGGGAAAUUUAGAGCGUCAUUGGAUGCUCUGCUGCUUUGCGGUCAAAGUGGCCGAACAAUCUGCUAUGGUAUCACUUUUAUGUUUUUUUGUAUAACAUUCAGUAGAUACAAACACAUUUGUAGAACCACCAGCAGAAUGCAGUAAAAGAAGGUCUCUUGAUAUGUUAGGACCACCGUUAUGAUCUGUAUUGAAACAGCAUUAUGUAUGCCAUUGGGAACCAUGUGUUAGAUUUCAGUCACUUUGGCAUAAAUGCUGUAUUGAUGCAAUGAAUCAGAUGGGUCAAAAUAGGCAGAUUCUUAACUGUUUUGCGGGCCUAUUCAGUCAGCACUUCUCAAUGUUCAACACAAGGUGUUUAGAAAGAGAAAAAAGGUACUGUGUUUCUGAAGAAAGUGUACAAGGCUAUUUUAGCACUGGUGCAAAAGACUGGCUUCAGUCCCAUAGUUGGACAAUGUCAUCCUGUCCUGGUAAAACUUUUGCCAGACCUGUAUUUCAUGACUUUAGAUUUAAAACAAAACUAGUUAAAUUUUAUGUAUGCACAACCUGUUAAAAUGUUUAAAAUGUUUUUUCCAGAGCCCUAACAGUCUCAAACAGUCUCUCGCUCUUUUAUAACAUGCACUAAAUAUUGAGUAACAAAAAAGCUAGUUGGAUGCAUGUAAAAACCUAGAAGAGUGGCUUCUGAUGGGGAGAACAGGUGCAAGGGAAUAUUGGAUUAGAUCAUUUUUCCCCUAAGAGAGAAACUGCAGUUUAACUGUACAUAUGACCGUUGGACCCUAAUAUGUCUCAUUGGACUCUUGUGUACAACUCCUGCACAUGUCCAGGUCUGAGUGAGGAUAGAUUAAAUGUUAAUGCAGUUUACUAAGGUACAGAAUAUUUCUGUGAAGCAUCAUGAAAAUGUGAAUUAGAUGUGUAAGUGCUUAUCAUUGUUUAUGGCCAAUCACAAU